AUGCCACUCGUGCAUGGUACAGUAUUCAUUACCACAGUUGUUUUAAUCUGUUCUUCCUUAUCACCAACUUCCAUCAAGGCCGUCAAUAUGGUUUCCUACAAGAUUACAGUCACGGACCCCGAAUCAGAUGGUCAGCAAUAUUUCUUCCAGUGUGCCGACGACGUGCGCAUUCUAGAUGCAGCCGAAUAA